AUGGAUGGAGAGACGCGGUUGGGGCGGAUGCCGGGCUGCUCCGCUCUCGUGGGGAAGAAGGGGGUGCGCGUGCACCCUCUCACCGUGCCGCGCUUCCCCAGGAUUGUGCGGCUGCAGGACGAGCUGGUGACGCUGAGGCUGGAGUGCACGAACCUGUACAGGAAAGGCCACUUCUCCACCCUGGAGCUGGUGCCCGCUUCCACGCUGAGCACGACGCCCCUGAAGGGCGAGUCGCUGACAAAAGGGCUGCACACCUCCUCCGCCGCCUGGUUCCGCAAACCCAUGACCAGGACGGAGCUGGUGGCCGUCUCCUCUUCCGAAGACGAGGGCAGCCUCCGCUUUGUCUACGAGCUGCUGGCCUGGGUGGAGGAAAUGCAGAUGAGACUGGAGCGGGCAGAGUGGGGGACCGACCUACCGAGCGUGGAAACCCAGCUGGAGACCCAGCGACACAUCCACGCCAGCGUGGAGGACCUGGGCUCCAGCGUGAAGGAGGCCAGGCUGUACGAGGGUAAAAUGUCUCCGAAUUUCCGCGCCAGCUACACGGAGACGCUGGGCAAGCUGGAGACGCAGUACUGCAAGCUGAUGGAAACCUCGAGCUUCCGCCUGAGGCACCUGCAGAGCUUGCACGGGUUUGUGUCUCGCGCCACUGCUGAGCUGAUUUGGCUGAACGAGAAGGAGGAGGAGGAACUGGCCUACGACUGGAGUGACAACAACCCCAACAUUGCAGCCAAGAAAAGCUACUUCUCG